UUAUCACUCUGGAUCACGGCAGUAAGCCACAUUGAAUUUACCAGAGCACAGUUCAGCCACCUCAUCCUUCCAGGGCAUGAUGUAAAACAGUUUACCAGUACUAGUUGUCUUCACUUUCGCAAGGAAUUGAUUACUUCUGUACUUGCCAGAGCAGAGGUACAGUGCGAAUGACAGUAGAAAGGAUUUCAUGGUCAAUCACGAGGAAAGUGAAUUGCACCGUACAGGAAUUGAACCCGGAUCGCCCGAUUCACAGUUCAACACUCUACCUAAUGAGCUACAUAUAACUGGACACCUUAAAACUUUUCUGAUUUUAAACUGGCUAUAUAUAGAUAACUUAUUUUCUAAAGAAAAGUUCUAAAACAUUUGUCCAAAAAAAACCCAUCAUCUUUUAUUUUUUUAUUUUUUUUCAGAGAAGAAUUAAAAGUAGUAGUAAAGAAAGAAAAAUGAGUAACAGCAUUACUACAAAAGGGAGGUUUAAGUUUAAAAAGCCAGGAGGAAGUCUCAGUUUGAAUAAACCUUCACCACCCAACAAUGUGCUUGCAACAAGUAACACUGUAAAUACAGGGUUGGAUAAACUCAAGCCUGUAAGUCUAGCCUCGGUAAAUAACUUGAAUAGACAGGAAUGUAACAACAGUGCUGAUGAUGAUAUCAUGUUUUUAUCCUGUUCCAAACCUACCAUACAGACAAACAAAGUUUUACAUAGUAAAAUUGAAACAGUCAAGCCCAAAAAGGCCAAUACUGUGCAGCAGUCUAUAACAUGUUUUACAACUCAAGCCAAACCUAAACCAGUAGCUGCAAUAGCCCCACACAGGUCUCCUGAGAAGAGCAAUGUUCAGCCUUUACAAAGGUCCGAGAUGAAAGGAAUCAAGAGGAAAUCUGAUGAAAUGGAAAAUAAUUGGAAAAUGAAUAAUGUGUCUGAUCUAUUCUCAUCAUUUAAUGAUGAAUGUGAUGACGACUUUGAUGAUUUUGAUGCUGCUGCACCAGAUUCACCGGCUUUUAAGAAAAGUCUGUCAAGCAGAAAAAAGUCCCCCGUUGUAAAGACAGAUGAUGUGAUUGAAGAGAGUGAUGAUGAUGAUGAAAUUAUUGCACCUAAACAUAAGAAAAGACGGACGCUAGAAUUCUCGGAUGAUGAAGAUAAAAGUACAGGAAAUAAGACAGCAGAAGAAAACAAAGAAUCUUGCCCAGAUACACAAUCGGUGAAGUGUUCAACUGACAUUGAUCUCACUGAGUUACAGAUCAAGCUUCUGAAAGUCACAGAUGAAAUCUGUGAGCUUGUUGGUCACAUGACUGUUGCAGAUAUGAUGUCAUGUUUUAAAAGUAACUUCCGUCAUGUUCAAGACCUUCUUUUAAAAAGGUCAGGUUUAAAACAGCAGGCUGGCACUGCAGAUCUAUUUCAGAAACAGACCAUUCAGUUUGGAGAUAAAAAACCUUUAGUUCAACACGAUUCUGUCAGGACAGUAGACAAUACAGUACAGUAUAGACAGAAGACUUUGACUCCUGUGAGUUUGAACAAAGUUUGUCAGCAACCUAUCACCAGUACAGUACAAAAACCAUCAGCUACCUCACGUUUAUCAAACAAUGGUGGUAAACUGGGAUCGCCAAUUCCAUGUGGUGACAGUUUCUUUGAGGAAGAUGCUCUCUUGACUCAAACACAUGUAAAUUUCAUGUCCCGAUUUAAUAAACAUUCAAUGAAUGGAUCACUCGAUGUUUCUAACACAUCAAGCACUACCUCCACCCCUGUGUCAUUUCCUAGACCAAAAUCAACCCCAUUAUGUUUAAGUCAGAAAAAUAGUGUACGAAACUACCCUGAAAAUACUCCAAAAAUAAAUUUCAAUAAAUCAAAUAAUGUGAUGAACAUUUCUUCCGACGCAUCAUUUAUUUCUCCUAACAGACCAAUCAUAUCACACCAGAACUGUGUCAGACAAUCGACAUCUGUUGUUAAUUCAGGUGACUGUGAACCGGACAUGUUCGAUAGUAUUGAUGAAGAAAUGAAUUUUAACAUGGCUGAGGAAUUUGAUUUUGGUUACAACAUUGCUAACCAGUCUGUACCGACUAAACAGACAGCGAACCAGUCUAGAAAUAAUGGUGUAAAUGGAGAUAAUGUUAGCUAUUCAGUUGAGGAUUAUUCAAAGGAUGAAUUAAUUGAUGAAUUUGAUGAUGAUGAUGAAGACUUUAACCAGAUUGUGUCAUCGCAAGAAAGUUUACCUCAGAUUUCAGUGUUAAAGAAUUCAAGACAUUCCAUCGGAUCAGCAAGAAAUUCAACAAGUUUAGUCAAAGAAACUCCUGAAGAGAAUAAUGAAUAUGCUGGUUAUGCAUUUGACCACAGUCGAGAAAUGGUGAAAGUAUUUAACAUGGUGUUUGGUCUUCAGAAAUUUAGACGUCAUCAGCUAGAAGCUUGCAAUGCUGCUCUUCUCCAGAAUGAUACAUUUGUUCUUAUGCCAACAGGAGGUGGGAAAAGUCUUUGUUACCAGUUACCAGCCCUUGUGUCUGGUGGUGUUACAAUAGUUGUCUCCCCUCUUAGAGCCCUGAUUCAGGAUCAAGUUCAAAAAUUGAAUUCUCUUCAGGUACCAGCAGGGCAUUUGUCCAGUGAUGUAAGUCUUAGUGAAGCUGACAUGCUUUACAGAAAGUUAUACAAGAGAGUGCCGGAGAUACGGCUACUUUAUGUUACACCAGAAAAGCUGUCUGCAAGUGAGAAGUUAUUGAGUGUUUUAGAGAACCUGUACAGUAGAAAAGUGUUGGAUAGAUUUGUUAUAGAUGAAGCUCACUGUGUCAGUUCGUGGGGACAUGAUUUUCGCCCUGAUUACAAGAAGUUGGGAGUAUUAAAGACAAAGUUUCCUGGUGUGCCACUGAUGGCACUUACUGCUACAGCCACAAUGAGAGUUAGAAAAGAUAUCUGUCAUCAACUUCACAUGAAAGAUCCUAAAUGGUUUACAUCAAGCUUUAACCGGCCAAAUCUGAAGUUUGAAGUUCGACCUAAGAAACCUUCAACAGCUACAAAUGACAUCAUUAAGAUGAUCAAAGAUGAUUUCCCUGGGAAAUGUGGAAUUGUUUAUUGUCUUUCAAGGAAGGAAUGUGAUGAUGUAGCGAAGGCAUUAAGUAAAGCAGGUAUAUUAUCAGUAUCGUAUCAUGCUGGACUGACGGAUGGAGAGAGAACUAUGAUACAGGAAAAAUGGAUCCAGGGUAACAGAUGUAAGGUAAUAUGUGCAACGAUUGCCUUUGGUAUGGGUAUAGACAAGCCGGACGUCAGGUUCGUGAUCCACUACUCUCUACCUAAAUCUGUGGAAGGAUAUUACCAGGAGGCGGGUCGUGCCGGACGUGACGGUCUCCUAGCAUACUGUAUACUACUGUACACAUACCAGGAUGUUAAACGUCUACGUAGAAUCAUAGAAAUGGAUCAGAGUGCUACGUACGAGUCCAAGCGUGUUCAUAUAGACAACUUGUUCAGGAUGAUUCAAUACUGUGAGAAUGUAGCCGACUGUCGCAGGUCUCAACUUCUCACUUAUUUUGGAGAGAUGGGGUUUGACAGAACUCAGUGCAGUCAAGUUAAACAAGCUAUAUGUGAUAAUUGUGUCUCAAAGGAGACAUUUAAACUACGAGAUGUAACAGAAGAUGUGAAAGCUAUUAUACGAUGUGUGAAAGAUCUUACCUCAACCAGGAGAAACAGUGAUUAUACACUCAUACACUUUGUGGAAAUGUUUAAAGGUUCAAAGAACAGUAAAAUCACAGAGGCUGGUCAUGACAAACAUCCCAUGCAUGGUCGAGGCUCGGCAUAUAGUAGACAGGAUGCUGAUAGAUUGUUACGUAAACUUGUCAUCGAUGGUGUACUGAUGGAAGAAUUGAAAAUCACUGCCAUGGAACAUACUGCAUGUUACAUCAGAUUGGGUAGAAAAUCUCAGGAUGUUUUGAAUGGGAAGCUUAAGAUAGAGUUACAAGUACAGGAGAACCGUAAGAAGAAGGAAAUAAAGAUUGGUACUGAACCAGUCAGUGAGAAGGCAAGACUGAUAGAAACUUGUUAUGAAGAACUGAAAACAUUAGCCGAAGAAAUAGUGAGGGAGAAAUCAGGACAUAUAAACUUUUUCAACAUUUUCUCGCACAACUUACUACGUGUAAUGUCGGAGAAACUACCAACAACAGAGACGGAGUUGUUGACAUGUGAGGGAAUGACGAUGAACAAGUUGAGACAAUAUCAGGCAGAGCGGUUCCUCAAUGUCACCAAUAAUUAUGCUGCUUUAAUUAACGCUUUACAAGAGACAGAACAGGUUACUGAAGAUAGUGAUCCUGAAGAAUGGUUAACAUCUACAACCUCCGACUACUUUCCUAGUUCUAAUACAUCAAAUUACUCACGAGGGGGGCGUGGCAGGGGUAGAAGUCGAGGCGGAGGAAAUAAAAAGCCAUUUUUUCGUAAGAAGAAGGCAACAACAGGUAAGGCUGCAAGUAAAGGAGGAUAUGGUAAAAAGAAGUCUGCAAGUUCUACAACUACAACAAGCUCUGGGGGUUCAGGCUGGUUCUCAAAGACCUCGUCUGGUUCUUCUCUCAAUCAGUUCCAGUAUAAGAGUUCAGCGGCUCCCAGUAGACCAGGUACCAGUGGUCGUCCUGGCAUGAUGCCAGUUCCUGCACCCAAAAGAUCUUUUCUGUCAACUGGAGGGCAGUUCUUUGGAUGAAAUUUUUUUAUCAAUGAAAAUCAGUGCCAAAUCUCACCUCUAUGCUAUCUCAAAAUCUCUUUGAAGAUGGUAGAAAAAAGUUAAUGCUAGAUGACGGCCAGGGCAAGAUUAACUUUCAGAGAGGAUAUUUGCUAUAUAUAGAGCUAGAGAGAUUAUUAGUGACUUCAUAAAUAUCCAAUUAGAUAGAUAAUUGAUGUUCUAAAAACAUUUAAUUGAUGUAAUGGAACAAUUUUUAAAACAACAAAGUGGUGUAUAAGACACAUUAUUAAAUGUUAAAAUGAUUGUCAUAGUGAUUGAUUGUUUUAGUUCCGAUAUCGUUUUUAUAUUUUAAGAAAUAUUUUAAAUGUUCAACAAAUAGACCGUCAACAUUUUUUUACAAACUCAGGAAGUUAGGUUUGUGUGUAUUGAAAAUAUGUAUGGUUAAAGCAGAUACAAAUAUAACAUAUAAAAUAUUGUUUUGAGCUAUUUAAAUGAAGAAAAGAUAAUAUGAUUUGAAUAGAUACAUGUAUAUAAAAACAUUUGGUAAAAUUCCUUGUCAGAUGAUUUAACUGUACUUAAAGCGUUUUGUUGACCUUUAUGUCAGAUUAAAGUAGUUGUAUAAAUAAUGUUAGUCAAUGUAAUAUAGCAACAUAGAUUUUGAUUUAAUAAAUUUUAGCAAUAGAUUGUUAUGGUAACAAGAUAAAAAUUUUGCUAAAAAGUGAUUCUCGGAACUUAUUAUCAGAAAUUCAUACAAGGAGAACUGAUUUAACUGAAACACUAGUUAAUUACUUGUCAGUAACUGAAUAAGAAAAUCACCCAUUAGCCACUGAUUCACUACUUUAGUUAAUUACCUGUCAGUUACUAAAUCACAACAGUAAGUGAAUCACUAGUUUAGAAAAUCACCCACUAGCCACUGAUUCACUACUUUAGUUAAUUACCUGUCAGUUACUGAAUCACAAGGUUAAUAGCCUGUCAGUUACUGUAAUAGCCUGUCAGUUACUGAAUCACUAGUUACCUGUUGGUAACUUAAUCAUUAGUUAAAUUGAUUACCUAUCAGUAGCUGAAUAACUUGUUUGGUUAGUUGCCAGUGAGUCUUUGUAUCUCUAGAACAGUUAAUUACCUGUCAAUAACUGAAUCACUAGUUAAGUUAAUUACCUUUUAGAAACUGAAUCACUAGUUAAGUUAAUUACCUGUCUGUAACUGAAUCACUAGGUAAUUACCUGUCAGUUACUGAAUCACUAGUUAAUUACCUGUCAGUAUCUGAAUCACUAGUUAAUACCUUUAAGGAACUGAAUCACUACAACAGUUAAUUACCUUUCAGUAACUGAAUCACUAGUUAAUUACCUGUCAGUAACUGAAUCACUUGUUAAUUACCUUUUAGGAACUGAAUCACUAGAACAGUUAAUUACCUUUCAGUAACUGAAUCACUUGUUAAUUACCUUUUAGGAACUGAAUCACUAGAACAGUUAAUUACCUUUCAGUAACUGAAUCACUUGUUAAUUACCUUUUAGGAACUGAAUCACUAGAACAGUUAAUUACCUAUCAGUGACUGAAUCACUAGGUUAAUUACCUAUCAGUAACUGAAUCACUAUUUUAUAAAUUGCCUGUCAGUGUUAUGUAGUUGAUUCAAAUCUAUGAUUGCAAUGAGGUCAAAAUGUAUGGCUAACCUAAACCGAAAUUAUAGUUAUUAAUACAUGAUUGUACUUUUUCUCAAAAUUCAUUUUAUUGGAGAAUAUAAAACUGUAUUAAAUUUCUCUUGACAUAAAAAGAUUUAUAUCUAAGCAAUUAGGAGGCAUUAUUUUACUUUUUAUUUUUCAGACUAAUCAUCUGAAAAAAGUGGGCAUUUUAAUAGUAACUGAGGAUUAGAUGAUAUUAUUUGUAUCUUAGUUUUUUUUUAUUAUGCAUAAAAUUUUAGUUAGUUUUACAAUUUAUUUGUUUUAUCUUAUUUUAAUUGACUAUAUUUUGUUGUAUCACUGUAUUUUACAUUGUUAUUAAAUGUUUUAAAUGAUUAA